CCAACUUCUUGUUUCGAAAUAUCAAAACUGAAUUUUCUCAGGUUAUAAGUAAUCAUUCAAGAGUUAGUUGACACUAUUUUUGGGGAGACUUUACGAGCAAAUAUCACAGUACCAGUGUUUCCAGAAUAUGACUAUGCAUAAGGGAUUGUAGACAAAUGUAGACAAAUGGUCUGAACUAUGUGAAAAAAAUGGUUGAUCAUCCGAUAGCUCAUUCUGAACCUUAAAUUCUUAAAAGACAAUAAUUUGAAGUAAAAUCAUGGUCCAUGAUAAUCAAUUGGAAAAAAGCAACAAACUUUUGAGGAUCAGAAGUGUUCAUGGAAGAAAUAUUAGUGUGGUUAGGGAAGUGUACAGGAGAGAGAAUGUUCCAUGUCAAAGUCCUCUCUGUCUCAGUGUCUGUCAAAACAGCACAGGUACAUGUGAUGGAGGGCUGAGUUUGUUGCCAGCUGAUGUCAACCACUACCUCAUACCAGACUGCCAAGUAGCACGAGAAUUCCUAGAAGUCUUGGAGAAUCCUGUGGUUACAGGAAUAAUCUUCCUUCAAACUGUGGUUCACUCAGUUCAGCAUGAAGGAAGUAAGCGCCUAUACAACAGAUUGAGGAAUUUGGUCAAAGAUAAGCGCAAAGCUUCCAUAAUAUUCCACAAUGAAUUUCAGAAGUAUGCAUAUUGUGAAAGGGAAGAGGGAGAAACACUUUGUGACUGGCAAACUAGAAGUACAUAUGCUGCGGCAGAGUGGUAUUUUCAUCACCUGGCAACACAGAAACCAAUUAUCAUGGUCACUCUAAAUAAACAGGCCAUUGAAAAAUAUGGAAACAAGACAUUAAAUGUGUUUGUUUUAUCACUGGAAGAGUAUCUGAGGAAAUUCUGGCAAUCUCAUAUCCCAGAAGUCAUGGAGCUGUAUGAGUCAUUGACCGCCUCAUUAGAGACCAAGGUCAAAGAAAAGGACUACAAAGGAUAUUUGCCUCUGGAUAUUUUAGAAUCUGGGGUCAAGUCUGGAAGGUUUGUGCAAGGUCACAUCAAUGUCAACAGGAACAAUGCUGGACAGGAGGCUUUUGUCAGACAGAAGAGAUCUGGUAGCACUGUUGAAGAUGACAGGGACAUUCUGAUACAUGGGAUGCCAGCCAGAAACCGGGCUGUCCAUGGGGACCUGGCGGUGGUGGAGGUCCUACCAAGGUCAGAGUGGAGGGGAAGGUCAAGUGUCAUCAAGGAGAGUCAGGAAGGUCAGGGGGAGGGAGAUGAGGAGGAUGGUGCCACAGAUGAAAACGUCAUGCCCACAGGCCGUGUGGUGGGGAUACUACAGAGGAAUUGGAGGGAAUAUGUCGCCUCAUUUGCUUCCGAUGAGCAAGUUAGUGAAAAAGGAGGUAAAGUCUUAGUCAUUCCUUGGGAUUAUCGCAUUCCAAAGAUUCGCAUCAGUACCAGGCAAGUGGAGAAAUUGAAAAAUCAAAGAAUUGUAGUUCGCAUUGAUUCAUGGGAAAUUGACUCCCAGUAUCCAAAUGGACAUUUUGUGAAAACUCUGGGACCCAUUGAGGAUUUGGAGGCAGAAAUAUCAGCAAUUCUUCUUGAAAAUACAAUACAUGUCUCAGCAUUUUCUGAAGCACAGAUGAAGGAGCUUCCUGUUGACACACCUGACAACCCGUGGUGCAUAGAGGAGGCGGAGCUCAACAAGCGUAGAGAUUUACGAUCCUCUCAUCUUAUUUUCUCCAUUGAUCCUAAAGGUUGUGAAGAUGUGGAUGAUACCUUGUCUGUUAGGGAGCUGGCUAAUGGAAACCUUGAGUUGGGGGUUCACAUUGCUGACGUCACACACUUUGUGAAGCCUGACUCGCUGACAGACAUGGAGGCCAAGAGUCGGUCAACCACAGUGUACCUAGCUGACCGGCGCUAUGACAUGUUACCAGGGAUACUAAGUGCCAACCUGUGUUCACUGAUCAGUGGUGUGGAUAGAUUUGCCAUGAGUGUUAUAUGGGAGCUGGAUAAGAACUUUGAGGUUGUAGAUGUCUGGUAUGGGAAAACAAUUAUCCGAUCCAGCUAUAAGCUAUUCUAUGAGAUGGCACAGGCAAUGCAUGAUGGAAUAUCCUUGACAGAAAUUGUUAAAAAUGUUCCAGAACUACAAAACAUGCUUGAGGAGGAGACAGAGAAAAGAGUUGAAGAGUUGCGCUGUGCUGUGACUCUGUUGAUGAGAGUAGCGAGGUGUCUGAAGGCCCGCAGGGUGAGUGGAGGUGCCCUGGAGCUGGAGAGUGUGGAGGUGCAGGUCCAACUGACGGAGACAAAGAGUGUGGAGGACCUCAACCCCAAAGAUCAUUUAGAAAUCCAUGACACCAUUGCAGAGUGUAUGAUCUUUGCCAACCAUUGGGUAGCCAAAAAGAUAGUAGAGGUGUUCCCAAACCAAGCUUUGUUAAGACAUCAUCCCUUACCUAAGAGUGAACAGUUUGAAAAUCUGAAAAAUUGUGCCAAAUCCAAAGGUUUUGAUGUCAAAACAUCCUCAAACAAAGCCCUGGCUGAAACACUGGAUAGAUGUGUGGAUUCCAAGGACCCUGUAAUAAACAAGAUUCUAAGAAUGUUGGCUACUCAGGCGAUGUCCGUGGCCUCUUACUUUUCAACUGGUUCUCUUCCAAGGGACCAGUAUUUCCAUUAUGGCUUGGCUUUAGACUACUACACACACUUUACCUCCCCCAUCAGAAGAUAUGCAGAUGUACUGGUUCAUCGACAAUUAAUGGCAGCUGUGCUUGCAGAGGGAUCAGAAGGGUUACCAGGCAACCAAGAAUUGGAUGAACUAAGUGAACAUAUCAAUCAUCAACACAGGGCAGCACAGAAUGCACAGAGAGAUUCACAGGAACUGUUUCAGUAUUUGUACUUCAAACAAAAAGACCUGAACAAUGAGUGCUGUAGAGCGGAUGCCAUCGUAUUUCAGAUCAGAGCCAAUGGUCUCAUGGUUUUUGUGCCAAGGUAUGGCAUAAGAGCACCAGUCUAUUUAAGGAACAAGGAUGGCCAAGUUUUAUAUGUACAGGAAUCUGGUCAGUCUGAAUGGACAGGUGGCAGCAUUACAAAGUCUGAGGGCAGCGUCAGUGUCAACAGUCUGGUCAGCUCUAUGACAUUUACAUUACUGGAUCACAUCACGGUCAAAAUAAUACCAAAUAGUUCCAGGGCCCAUGCUUCCUCCCUCAAGCUCGAGCUCAUCUCCACUGAGGGCUACGCAUUGGAUCAAGAUAUUCCAACUACAGAGAAGAUGUCAAAAAACCAAAAACAGGCCAUUAUUCAGGAGGUGCGAGCCGUUGCUGAGGAGAAGCGGACACAGUCCUCAUCAGAGGAUCAGGGCCACCAGUUCCACUCACUGAAGGCAGAAUUUGGUCAGACUCCAGAAAGUGAAAGCUUGUAUUCACUAUUUGAGUCAUUUAAGGAGAUGGCCAAAAAACCAAUUAGUUAGCACAAGGAUCAUCUGAUGUCUAUUUCUGCAUAAUUUAUUAUUCAUAGCAAAUAUGUUUAUGAAAUAUGAAGUGAAAUAUACGGUAUACCCGGUAUUAAUAUCAUUUUCUCGAAAUUGGUGCGUGCAAUUUUCAUGAAUGUUUGAAAAAUGAAAUGCAUGUAAGUUAAUUAUACUUUGAAUACAAAUAAAAGGUGAAAUAACA